AUGUAUAUGGUGGACUUCACAGUUCACAGUGAUACAAUCUUAUCAUCCUUGCAUGUUCUUAACACUGGAAAUCUGCAAUGGCAAGAGGUCUUGGUUAAUGGGGAACAGCCAUGUGCUCGUCAUUCUCACUCAAUGGUGGCAUAUGGGUCUAAAGCAUUCGCAUGCAUGUGGAAGUUGAAAAAGACAGCUGGAAGAAGUCCACAUGCUAGAUUCUCCGACUCAAUGUUUGUCUUCAAGAACUUUCUUGGAGUCAUUGGUUGCAAAGAGUUGCUUGUGCACACUACAGCCAAUGUUGUUGUCGAUGAUCUUGUCAUCAUUAGUGGGGGUGCAGCUUGUUAUGCAUUUGGAACAAAGUUCAGCGAGCCAUUAAAAGUCAACUUGCUUCUGCUGGUUUCUUUAGGAGACAAACUUAUGCCAACAGAGAAGAAUGUCAAUGUUAGAGUUUCUCAUGUUGGAAACAUGGAGGCUUUAACACAGAGUCCUGUCUUGAACUCUGAGGCUGAGAAGCAUCUGUUGGUUUCUUCUAACUGGGUACUACAACUUGAAAAGAAGAAUGCGGAAUUGGGGAAAGACAUACUGAAGACUUUUGGAUGGUUAGAUCUUGGGAGGAAGGUUUAUACUCGGGAGGAUGGAUUGCAUAUUUGUUUUCCUAUCACUAAAAAAUUCUCGGCCAUGUUUCUGGAAAAGCAGGAUUUGGAUGGGGACGCGAUUGAAGAGAGGAAUGAUGCUUGUGUAUCUAAACCAUUUACAGGAGGAAUUUUGUUAAAUGAGGUAUCUUGUUCAACAGCCUUUUCUUAG